UAAGAAAAAGAAAAUUUAAAUUGGAUUCAAUCAAAUUUUAAAAGUAGAUUUUAAUAAACUUAAAUUGUAUUAGGUAUAAGCAUUAGUAUCUACGGGAUAUAAGUAUAAUAUUUAGUUAAAAUGUUAUGCUUAAGGAAAAUAUCUAAAACAACCAAAGGAUUGAGGGUUUACUCUUCUGUAGUUAAACAAGCCAAUCAUGUUAAGAGAACAAACAUUAACAAUUUACGAAAAGACGUUUUAGAAUAUAGGCAUGUUUAUCCAGAAUUUUUGCCAGAUCCUAAUAUUGAAUUUAGAAAUACAUUACGUGAAAAAUUAGAAAGAAAUGAUAUGCUUGCUAGAAGAAGUCAUAUUAAUAUUCCAGAAUUUUAUGUGGGGUCCAUUUUGGCUGUUGAAUCAUCAGAUCCUCAUUCUUUGGGUAAAAUGCAUCGCUUUGUUGGAAUCUGCAUACAAAGACAAGGUUGUGGGCUGCGAGCACAAUUUACAUUAAGGAACAUUAUCGACCAUCAGGGAAUUGAAAUUUUAUAUGAAAUGUAUGAUCCUGCUAUACAAAAAGUUGAAAUUUUACGGCUGGAAAAACGUUUAGAUGAUGAACUUCUAUACUUAAGAGACGCCCUUCCAGAAUACUGUACUUUCGAUCCAAACAUGGAACCAGAAAUUUUACCAGAAGGAUCACCAAUUCCGAUAAAUGAAACGAAAGUCAAACUCAAACCCAGACCGUGGCUGGAGCGUUGGGAACGGAAAAAUUUGCUGGGGGUUCAAGAUUUGGAAUUACCGGAAAAAUUCUAUAAGAAAGCUGAAGCUGUAGCCAAGCCUUGGGAGAAAUACGAUUUGAUGAAAGAAUACAGGAAAACAAUACCGGAGGAAGAACAACUUGAAAUAUUCAACGAGAUCGAUUCCAGACUGCAGAAGCUCCACGUUCAAGGAAAGAAAAUGAAGAAACGUGUUUUUGUCAAACCGACAAAAUUGGCUUAAUUCUUCUCUUUAAUGUGUAAAUAAAAAUAUUAAUUUCUAACAU